CUGACGCCUCAACUACGAAGAACGCACUUUAACCUCCCAGGACGCAUCGCCAGACUAUCUCUCGCCAUGUCCAUUGUAGCCAGUCGCAGUAGUAGCCUUAGAUACAGCUCAGGUAGCGGUGUCGUUUCGAGUGGCCUCAGUUCGUCCGGUGGGAUGCAGUUUUCCAGCAGUUCGGGAUACGGUAGGUCCCGUAUGAGCGUGUCCUCUGUUGGGAGCAGUCGCUCGCCGAGUGUAUAUGGAGGUGCCGGGGGAUACGGCACCCGUAUCUCUCAAUCUUCUUUCUCUACGGACGGGCCAGGUCAGAUCGCUAUCGGUGCCAACGAGAAGCAUACCAUGCAGAAUCUGAACGAUCGUUUGGCCCGCUACCUGGAAAAGGUGUGCUCUCUAGAGGCAGCCAAUAGCAAUUUGGAGUUGCAGAUCAAAGAGUUCUACGAGAUGAGAUCACCGACUCACAAGAAGGACCUCAGUGGGUUCUAUGCCACCAUCACAGACAUCCGCAGCAAGAUCCAUGCCAGGUCUGUGGAGAACGCUCAGAUGAUCCUGCGGGUGGAUAAUGCCAGAGUUGCAGCUGAUGAUUUCAAGAUGAAGUUCGAGAUGGAGGUUAACAUGCGUAUGACCUUGGAAGGGGAUGUUGCUCGUCUGAGAGGAGUGCUGGACAGCUUUACGCUUGCCAGAGGAGACCUGGACAUGCAGAUUGAGGGGCUGAAGGAGGAGCUGGUCUACCUCAGGAAGAACCAUGAGGAGGAGAUGCAUUUGAUGAGGACACAGCAGUGUGGUGCUGUGAAUGUGGAGAUGGACUGUGCUUCCUCAGUGGACAUGAGCAAGGUGCUGGAGGAGAUGAGGACCCAGUAUGAGGGCAUGGUGGCGAAGAACCAGAGAGAUGCUGCCAAGUGGUUCGAGAGCAAGGUGGAGGUGCUUCAGAGCCAGAUCACCACCAGCACCACAGAGGUGAAGACCUCUCAGUCUCAGGUGACCGACCUGAAGAGGACCUUCCAGAGCCUGGAGAUUGAACUGCAUGGCCUGCUCACUCAGAAUGGGUACCUGGAGCAGAGCGUCGCUGAUAUAAACGGCCGCCACGGCUCCCAGCUGAGCCAGCUGCAGGUUUGUAUCAACAGCAUGGAGGAGGAGCUGCAGCAGCUCAACGUCAGCAUCCAGCAGCAGGCCUCCGAGUACCAGAUCCUCCUGGACAUCAAGAUGAGGCUGGAGAUGGAGAUCGCUGAGUACAGGAGGCUGCUGGAUGGAGAGGUAUUCAGUAAGCAUGUGGAGACCAGACAGGAGGUCAGGAAAGUGAUCGUGGUCGAGAAGGUCCAGGAAGUACAACAAGUCCAGGAAGUGGUGGAAGAGUAUAACCCCCACAUGCAGAAGCGGGUGAGGGUGAUCGUGGAAGAGAUGGUGGAUGGGAAGGUGGUGUCCACCUCAGUUGAUGAGAAGGUCCAGGAUAUUAACUAACUGAGAAGGUCAGAUAGUUCUGGAAUCUGGUGAAGCGGUAAUGGACCACACAUACCCCUGGACCACACAUAACCCUGGACCACACAUACCCCUGGACCACACAUAACCCUGGACCACACAUAACCCUGGACCACACAUAACCCUGGACCACACAUACCCCUGGACCACACAUACCCCUGGACCACACAUAACCCUGGACCACACAUACCCCUGGACCACACAUACCCCUGGACCACACAUACCCCUGGACCACACAUAACCCUGGACCACACAUACCCCUGGACCACACAUAACCCUGGACCACACAUAACCCUGGACCACACAAAACCCUGGACCACACAUAACCCUGGACCACACAUAACCCUGGACCACACAUAACCCUGGACCACACAUAACCCUGGACCACACAUAACCCUGGACCACACAUAACACUGGACCACACAUAACCCUGGACCACACAUAACCCUGGACCACACAUACCCCUGGACCACACAUAACCCUGGACCACACAUACCCCUGGACCACACAUAACCCUGGACCACACAUAACCCUGGACCACACAUACCCCUGGACCACACAUAACCCUGGACCACACAUACCCCUGGUGACGGGUGUUCAAUCCCCAUCUAUAUAUAUAUAUAUAUAAAUAAUGUCAUGGUUGCAUACUGUAAUAUUUCCCUUCUGACAGGAUUGCAUCAGCUGAAUGAUAACUGAUGUAAUUGACUCGUGUUACCUUAUAACUCUUAUAUGUCUCUAUCAUGUGGCAACUUGAAUAUUAUUUCUCGUGUGCUUUUGUUCCAUUUGUGGCCACCAGGUGACGUCUCUCAUUUUAAUAUAUUUGGCCAGUGCAAUUAAAAGUGAAAAUGAUUGUGUGAAAAGUGGAAACAGAUUAUUCCAGUUACAUAAGUGACAUCAGGGAAAAUAUGACUCACGUCAUCAGCCAUUAUAAAGCUAUUUUAGCUCCAUUAUAUCCUCCCAGGACCACAAGCCGUCUAUGUUCUCUGGACUCUAUGACAAGGUUAAAGUUCAUGUUCUGUAGGCCUACGACACUGACACCACAUGUUACAUUUGGCUGUUGAUUAAAUAUAGAUGUCAAUGCAUUUCAGGGCGCUGAUAUCAUAAUUGAGGGUGCGUUGUUGUCCUCUAAAAAGCUGAGAAGAAACACCUUUACAGCAGUGGCGGCCGGUGCCGUUUAAGAUGAGGGAGGACGACAAUUGUUUUUAUAAGCUUGGCCUUAUUUCUAUUGCACCAUAUUGGAUGACUGUCAUUCAUAUUCCAUUCACCCAGUUCAAUGUAACAAGGACAGGUUUAGGCUUCCUCAUGAUUCUCACAUUUUCCCUAUAAACGUCAUGAGGUAAGCUACAAGAUCGUCUAUGAAUGAAAGUUUACAACGUAGGUGCACGAGAGAAAACAUUUGAGGGUACAGAUAGUGACACAUUUAACUUGCACACUCUUGCCUGCGUCUAGCUGAUCUAGGGUGUAAUCAUUAGACUAACAGUUGCAAACAAGCGUUUCUACUGGCCAAAUUCAGGUAUGUUUAUCCCCG